UUAUAUCAUCACAGUAAUAAGCUUGGUUUUUGUUUGUUUUGGUCUUUUUAUUCUUCUUCCCAUUUUCUUUACCGUUGUUUAAAGUAUAAAGUUACAUCUGCAUCCCACAGGUCCUUAUUGCACGGUUUUUCAUGCAUACUAGAGAGAAUGAGUCAUGCUUAAUUGUUGCCGAUCCAUCCAUGGGCCAUGAUUCGCAAGGUGGAGUCAUAUCUGACAUUGAAACGGUUCAAGUUGAGGAUCCAAUGGCCAAGAUAAGACAUAACGCGCAUUUGGAACCCGCCAAGCGGAAGAAUCAGAAUCGCGCAGCCCAACGUGCUUUCAGACAACGAAAAGAACAGUAUGUCAAGGAACUGGAAACGACUUUCCAUCACGUGCAAGAUACACACCGUGCGGCUACAGCCCAUUUGAUCCAGGAAAACCAACGGUUAAGGGCCAUUGCUUACCGCUUGCAUACUGAAAAUGCUAUGCUAAAACAAAAAGCCACUCAACGCAUCCGAUCGCGUCGCCUUCAGCCUUAUACGGUGGAUUGGCCACGAGAUUUGACCGCCCCCUUAUCGGCAGCAGGGCAUGGUAAGAAUAUCAGCGCCAUUGCGCGAAAGAAUAAUAACAUAAAAUCUACGGCGCACGAAGAAACAACAUCCGAAAAAGUGACCGAAAAAGAUCAGGUGUCCAUAACUGACAGGACGCCUAGCACGGAUCAACCAAUCGGCGAUAUGAACUGCGGAGUGGGAUUACUGGAAAGAUCCCUAUCACAGUGCCACAUCACCGAUGAACAAUCAUUUUGUUCGCAUCUAGGACGACAAGUAUGUGACGAUGCUUUCGCGCAGCUUCUCUUUGAGCCCCUGUUCGACGAGAACGGUAUGUUGAACGUUGCUCUUGAAAACCGCCCAGUUCCUAUCAGCCCGAUGCUCGUGGAACAACAAGGCAACGAAAAGCAACAGGAACCUUAUAACGAACUCCGACUGCUGAAUUGCUCGGAAAUAUGGCAUUGCCUGUACCAGCAUCCACGAUUUCAAGCCUACAACCUAGUGGAACUGUGCCAGAUGGUCAAGCAGGUAGCUCAAUGUGCUCCAAGUGGUGUGGUGUUGGAAGCGCGUGCACUUGACGGUAUUUUGGAGCGAAUGAAUUACGAUUUAUCGGGAUUAGGAUGAAAAAAAGACGCGGGGUAAGCCAUCCAUGGCUGGAAUGAACCGCAGCGCUCAGUGUGUAAACAGUUAUUUUGAAUCAAACCCCAGAUCAACGUGUAAACUGUAAUUCUACUGUAUUAACAAAUCGUGUUUCAUCGUUGAUUUCGAAUCCGCUGAUAAACGGGAAAUAUAUCCGGAUUCGACCUUCCUUUUCGUUUUUAUGUAUAAAAGAG